ACUUCUUUUCCAUGAAGACAAAAAUAACUUUUAUUUUAAUGUUUACAUUGAUAACGUUCGACGUUAUCAAAAAGUUUCAACAUCGAAAAAAAAUUAUUUUGUACACGUACCAGUGUCAUAUUUAAUAAAUUAGAAUAAAAUUUUAUAAAAGAGAUGGAAGACAAUAUCCCAAUAGAUAUCCAUAUUCCAAAAUUGUUGGAAUGGCUGCUCGACCGGAGGCAUUGUAAGAAAGAUUGGCAAGCCCAGAUAACAUCAAUUAGAGAAAAAAUUAACGCAGCUAUACAGGACAUGCCUGAAAAUGAAAGCAUCAAGGAACUUCUGUCAGGAUCAUAUUUGAAUUAUUUUCACUGUUGUCAAAUUGUCGAAAUUUUGAAAGAAACCGAAGCAGAUACAAAAAACCUGUUUGGUAUGUAUGGAUCGCAAAGAAUGAAAGAUUGGCAGGAAAUCGUUCGUUUAUACCAGAAAGAUAACGUCUACUUGGCUGAAUCAGCUAAUAUUCUGUUGAGAAAUGUGAAAUAUGAAGUGCCCGGUAUUAAAAAACAAAUUGCGAAACUGAAACAACUUCAGCAGGAAUGUGAAAAAAAAAUUGCGGAUUAUAUCAAAAGUGCUUCCUCCGCUCAACGAGAAUUAGAGUCGAUGAAGAAACAAAUCGGAAUUUCUGGAAAUAAUGUUCAAAGAGAGUUACUAAGUAGAGUUUCUCAUUUAAAUGAAGUAUAUGCUAAUGUUACAUCGAAUAUCAAAGUCUUGGAAAAAGCUUUGCAACAUUAUAUUGCCUUUUCUCAAAUGGUCGCUGGAAUAACCUACGAACUGCCGCUUAUUUCCUACGUUAUCGAAAAAGGAAAUACCACCACUUACGAAUGGUUAUACGGUGAACCUCCGCAGAAAAUUGAACUGCCCGAUACCGAUAAACUUAUCGAUGAUUCCGAGAAUAAUGCAGUUUCAGAUGAAAUUGAUUGGGAUAUAUCUGAGGUAAAUGAUACAGACAUUGAUUACGGAAUAUCUCUUGAAGAAAGUGGCAUCGAAGUCGAAACUGCUGAAAAAGAAACAAAUGUGGCCAGAGGAGUAGAAGCGUACACCGUAUUAGACAAUCCUAAAACAAGAGAUGAAUUCAUUAGUCAACUAAUGGAAUUGCAAUCCUUUUUAAAAAUGCGUUUAUUGGAAACGCAGAAAGAUAGCGUUGGGUUAUCUCUGAUGAACGAGCAGGUACAAGAGUCUUCUGAAAAUCUUGUCAAAAUGUUGGAUUCUGUGCAAGUGGUCAAACAAUUAUUGACUGAUUCGGUUACUCAGCAGCUACAUUUCAUAAAACAUUCUAAACGGUAUGUCGAAAAAGUGGCUUCCUCAUUUGAUCAGAAAUUAAAUGCUGUUGAAAAAAUGAAAGCUUCUCAAGAAGCAAUGAAAAUACGAAAACAGGAAGUUGAAACCGAAGAGGCUGAACUUAAACCUAAACUGAAAAUACUGAUGAAUAAAACCAGAACUUUACAAGAACAGAUUGAAUCUGAAAUAUCAAAAAAAUACAAAAACCGGCCCGUGAAUUUGAUGGGAGGAUUUUAAUAUGGAUAACAAAUAUGCAACUCAGCGUUUUCUCGUCUAUUUUUGUAUUUUUGUUAAAUUCGUUUUAAAAUUAUUUAUUAAUUUAAUGCUAUUUUCUAUUUGCGGGUUUAAAACCUGCAUUCUGGUGUACAGUCGAUUCAAAUACAUUUUUAUAAUUUUCGAAA